AGGAAGAUUUGGUCCUGUAGACCGUAGCCAUAGAGAGGAAGGAGCACCUGACACUGCAUUUUGGACACAGACUGCCUGGAUUGGUCAGAUCUCAUCUUCAUCAUGAUCAUCAUCAUCUCUCUGCUCCUGUUGGGCUCUCUGCUGCCAAACCUGAGCUUCACUGCCAGUGUCAAGGUGAGUAUAGUGAAUGGCACUGAAGCACGACCUCACUCCAGACCUUACAUGGUUUCUGUUCAGGAGGAUGGGGAACAUGUUUGUGGAGGAUUCCUCAUUUCUGAUCAGUUUGUUAUGACUGCUGCACACUGCAGAAAUGACACUGAGAUUCUGACAGUUGUGGCAGGUAUACAUGACUUAGAAAGCAGAAAGGAAAACCAUGUCCGCAUUAAGGUGAAUACCUAUAACAUGCAUCCAGAAUACAUCCCUGAUCCUCCUGAUCCUGAUUCAUGGAUACCUGACAUAGCCGACCUGAUGAUUCUGAAGCUGGAUAAAAAAGUCAAACUAAACAACAAGAUCAACACGAUUCCCAUACCAAUGACACCUGUGAAUAUCAGUGUGGGCACUAAUUGCAGUGUUGCCGGCUGGGGGUUUGUGGAAAAUGGCGGUCCUACGAGUCAAACCCUCAGAGAGGCAAACGUGAAGAUUAUGGAUGAUACAGACUGUGCUCGAUGGGACGAGGCAUAUGUAGCUCCAAAGAUGAUGUGUGUAUAUGGCCAUGGAGGAACCUGUGAGGGGGAUUCAGGAGGUCCUUUGGUUUGUAACAACAUUGCGGUGGGUGUUACAGCCUUCUCACUCAACAACAGCUGCAACGAUCCUGAUCUACACAAUGUUUAUACAAAAAUUUCUGCAUUUCUUCCAUGGAUCCAGAGCAUAUUAAGAGCUAACUGA